UUGCCGUCACAUGCACGCACUCAGCAGGUGACAAAGCAGCGCCAUGGAGAUCGUGUAUGUGUAUGUCAAGAAGCGCAGUGAGUUCGGGAAGCCAUGCGACUUCUCCGACCGCCAGGCCGAGCUCAACAUCGACAUCCCGCCCGACCCCGAGCUGGCUGGGCAGUUCGUGGAGCGGAACCCUGUGGACACUGGUGUCCAGUGCUCGACCAGCAUGUCCGAACACGAGGUCAACACAGAGCGAUUUGAGAUGGAGAGUCGAGGGGUGAACCACGUCGAGGGGGGCUGGCCCAAGGACGUGAACCCCCUGGAGCUGGAGCAGACGAUCCGCUUCCGGAAGAAAGUGGAGAAGGACGAGAACUACAUCAACACCGUCAUGCAGCUCGGCGUGGUAUGGCCGCCCCAGCUCCACUGGUCACUCCAGUUCCCCAGGGGCUGCCAAGCUCCAGCUGUGCCUGGCCCCGCAGGGCUCGUGUGGCUCCUUGGGGGAAGGAGACUGGCUGCUGACCCCAAGGAGCCUUCUGUCUGGAAGCAAGCACAGGGGUCCCUGCAGCAGACCAAGGGGGAUCCCCAGGAAAUCAAGCGGACAGCCACGCACCUCUCCUGGCACCCCGAUGGCAACAGAAAAUUGGCAGUGGCAUAUUCUUGCUUGGAUUUUCAGCGGGCACCUGUGGGCAUGAGCCAUGACUCGUACAUCUGGGACCUGGAAAACCCCAACAAGCCUGAAAUUACUCUGAAGCCAUCUUCUCCACUUGUCACCUUGGAGUAUAACCCCAAAGACUCCCACGUGCUCCUGGGGGGCUGCUACAACGGGCAGAUAGCCUGCUGGGACACCCGGAAGGGCAGCCUGGUGGCAGAGCUGUCCACCAUCGAGUUCAGCCACCGAGACCCCGUGUACGGCACCAUCUGGCUGCAGUCAAAGACAGGCACUGAGUGCUUCUCGGCAUCCACAGAUGGGCAGGUCAUGUGGUGGGACAUCCGAAAGAUAAGCGAGCCCACCGAGGUCGUGAUUAUGGACAUCACCAAAAAGGAGCAGCUGGAAAAUGCCCUGGGGGCCAUUUCCCUGGAGUUCGAGUCUACUUUGCCAACCAAGUUCAUGGUGGGCACCGAGCAGGGCAUUGUCAUCUCCUGCAACCGCAAGGCCAAGACACCUGCAGAGAAGAUAGUGUGUACCUUCUCGGGCCACCACGGCCCCAUCUACGCCCUCCAGAGAAACCCCUUCUACCCGAAGAACUUCCUGACUGUGGGCGACUGGACAGCGCGCAUCUGGUCUGAAGACAGCCGGGAGUCAUCCAUCAUGUGGACCAAGUACCACAUGGCUUACCUCACUGAUGGUGCCUGGAGCCCAGUGAGGCCAUCAGUUUUCUUCACCACCAAGAUGGACGGAACCCUGGACAUCUGGGACUUUGUGUUCAAGCAGUGUGACCCCGCCCUCAGCCUGAAGGUGUGUGACGAGGCUCUCUUCUGCCUCCGGGUGCAGGACAAUGGCUGUCUCAUCGCCUGUGGCUCCCAGCUGGGGACAACCACCCUGCUGGAGGUCUCACACGGGCUGUCCACCCUCCAGAGAAAUGAGAAGAACAUAGCUUCUUCCAUAUUUGAGCGAGAGACCCGGCGGGAGAAGAUCCUGGAGGCGAGACACCGAGAGAUGCGGCUGAAGGAAAAAGGCAAGGCGGAGGGCAAGGACGACGACCAGAAGGACGAGGAGCUGGCCGUAAACCUGGACCAGCUGGUCGGCAAGGCCGAGGAGGAGUUCUUUGACAUCAUCUUCACGGAGUUGAAAAAGAAAGAGGCGGACGCCAUGAAGAAGCAGCCGAAGCCGAAGCAACCACUGCAAAGUUUGGAGGGAGAAGAGGAGGAGGAGGAGGAGGAGGGAGAAAAUGCAGGGGAGGAAGAAGGGGGCGAAGAGGAGGUGCCAGCCUAGAAGGUCGCCCUUCCACUACUGCGUGGGGCCUGUGUGUGCCUUCCAUUCCUACGUCUUGGGGCUGCCCUGGUCUUACAAGUGGGGAGCCGAGCUUCUCCCUUAAAGCGUCACAGCGUAGGGGGGAGCGUCAGGUCUCUGGCCAUCCCCCACCCCCAACAAAUCAAUGGCCCACACUGACUCACUGGAGUCGAGUCCUGAGCAGCCCCUUGGAGGGGGCAGGGGCAGGGCUCGUCCCCGAGCUCACGCCUCGCUUGUCUUAGCCACCAUGAGCACCCCCCGAGGCCAGCUCCACCUUAGGGCUCUUGCAGCCUCUGGCCUGGCCCUGGAUGAUCCGUUGGAUUCAGCUGCUCCUGGGCUUCUCCGACCAUCACCGUCCCUGCAAGCUUGCAAAGCCUCAUCUGGGCUUGCCACAGCCAUGGUGGGGCCUCAGAGAGACCUGGGGAGGGGGAAAGGGCUUCUCCUUCCCUGUUAUCAACCUUCCUCAUCCACCUACAAGUCGGGAACAGAAAGUCUGUCCACUUCUAAGAUGCCCGUCCGAGCUGCUCCCUGGCACGUGUACACACGGCCUCGUCGGAGGCCUCCGUUGUGGCGGAGGGUAGGUGGACGCCGUGAGCUGGCUUAUUCUGGGACACUCGAUGCUUGCUUUCAUCUUCUUAUAAAAUUAAACUGCUAAUGACGAUUCCAA